UUCCUGGCUCCUCCCUCCUCCCCACCCAGCCACCAGACUUAAGUGGGCUCACACAACUGGGCAGGGCUCACUGCACUUUGCCAUGGCUUACAUCGCCAAGUCUUUCUAUGAUCUCGGUGCCAUCAGCCUGGAUGGGGAGAAGAUAGAUUUUAACACGUUCCGAGGCAGGGCGGUGCUGAUUGAGAAUGUCGCGUCACUCUGAGGAACAACCACCCGAGACUUCAACCAGCUCAACGAACUGCAGUGUCGCUUUCCCAGGCGCCUGGUGGUUCUGGGCUUCCCCUGCAACCAAUUCGGACAUCAGGAGAACUGUCAGAACGAAGAGAUCCUGAACAGUCUCAAGUAUGUCCGCCCUGGGGGUGGGUACCAGCCCACCUUCAGGCUUACCCAAAAGUGUGAGGUCAACGGGCAGAACGAGCAUCCAGUCUUCGCCUACCUGAAAGACAAGCUGCCCUACCCUUAUGAUGACCCGUUCUCCCUCAUGACCGAUCCCAGGCUCAUCAUGUGGAGUCCGGUGCGCCGCUCAGAUGUGGCCUGGAACUUUGAGAAGUUCCUCAUAGGUCCAGAAGGGGAGCCAUUCCGUCGCUACAGCCGCACCUUCCAAACCAUCAACAUAGAGCCAGACAUCAAACGGCUCCUCAAAGUCGCCAUCUAGAGGGGAGCUGCUCAGUCUAGGGGUCUCCCACUGUUUCUGGUCCUCAGGGCUCAGUGUACCCCCAGGAGACACAGGGGGACUGAAGCGCCCCCUUCACUGAAGCGCCUUGCCUUCCCUGCCUGCCUGUUCCUUACAGGUCCCUCAAGACUCUUAAGUCUGGGGUAGGCUCUGGGCCUUCACAGAAUGAUGGCACCUUCCUAAACCCUAUGGGAGAUGUCUGAGAAGUUGUGAAGGGCAGAGCCAGCCUCCUCUAGAGUCCAAUAAAGGGCAGGUGUGGAAAUACCUGAGUCUCU